AUGGUAGGUAGAAGUAAGAAGGCAAUUUUUUCCUAUAUUAAAGAUCGUAUCUGGAAGAGGAUAAAUUCAUGGAGAGGACGAGCCUUAUCGAAAGCUGGAAAAGUGAUUAUGAUAAAGUCAGUACUUCAAGCCAUCCCAGCUUAUUUUAUGAGUAUGUUUAUCCUCCCUUCUUCUUUUAUUGAUGAUAUUGAAAAAAUGAUAAAUGCCUUUUGGUGGGGAGGUGGUAAUGGUAAUAGUAAAGGUAUUCAUUGGUUAGCAUGGGAGAGACUUGCUUGCCCCAAAGAUAAAGGGGGUUUGGGCUUUCGUAAUUUUGAAGCCUUUAAUAUGGCUAUGGUAGCGAAACAAGCGUGGAACAUCUUACAAAAUCCAGAUACGUUGGUGGCUAGACUUAUUAAAGCAAGGUAUUUUCCACGAUCUACUUUGUUUGAGGCGUCCUUGGGCUAUAAUCCUAGUUUUGCAUGGCGUAGUAUUUGGAAAGCUAGACAAGUUCUUUUACUUGGGUGUAGGUGGAUGAUUGGUGGUGGUGACAAGAUACACGUCAUGUCUGAUCCUUGGUUACGUGGAAAUGGAGAACGCUGGAUUCCUUCGCCUCAACCUGAAGGAAUAUAUAACUUAUUUGUUAGGGACCUGAUGAUAGAUAAUUAUAAAGCUUGGAAUGUGCCUAAAAUUCACAUGUUAUUCCUAGUCCAAGUGGCAGAGAGGAUUAUUGCGACACCUCUCAUUGGGUCGGUUUAUGUGGAUAAAAUGGUUUGGGCGGAGGAACGGAAUGGUUAUUACUCUGUCAAAUCCGGGUACAAGCUUGCUAUGAAGUGUAUUUUCCGUAGUGAUAAAUACCAUGUGGAAGGUAAUUGGAAAGAAAUAUGGAAAGCGCAUGCUCCACACAAAGCGCGUCAUCUUCUUUGGAGAUUAUGUAGGGGAUGUAUUCCAACGAGACGUCGGUUAUUAGAACGUCAUGUUGAUUGUGAUGUUCAUUGUCCAUUAUGUGAAGAUGAAGUAGAAGAUGAUGUACACACUUUUUUCACCUGCGUUUCUGCUCAAUCCAGUUGGCAAGCAGCUGGACUAUCUGUCUUGGGUUCCGCAGCUUGUCAGCAAGGUAGUGCGGCAGAUAGAGUGUUUGCCUUGUGUCGGAAUGAGGAUUACGCUACUAUAGGUAGAGUGGUCACGCUGUUAUGGAGUAUAUGA